AUGGAAGACUGUGUGGUGCUGCAGGAGUCUGAGGGUGAACCAAAGGCGGCGCUCCCUUCAGACAUGUUUUACCAAUACGAGGAGCUCCGGUCCAGACCCGUCAUCACUCCGGGGUCAGAGAUCCCAGAGGACUUUCUGCACCUCUCUCACUCCUUUGGCUACGACAGCAGGCGAAGGGCCAACCUGCAGCUGCUGGACGACAGGACUUUGAUCUACAUCGCAGGGAACCUCCUGGUCCUGCUGGACGUCUCCACCAAGGAGCAGAGAUUCCUGCGCUCCUGCAGUGGAGGAGGAAUCGGAGCCGUUGCAGUUUGCUGCAGUGGAGAUUAUUUUGCUGUGGCCGAAAAAGGAUUAAAACCCAACAUCGUGGUCUACGAGAAGCCUUCGCUGAGACCGCACCGAGUCCUGAGAGGAGGAGCGAAGCGCAAGUUCUCUUUUGUGGAUUUUAACCAGGACGGGAGCCAGCUGGCCAGCCUAGCUGGGGACCCAGACUACACCCUGACCAUCUGGAACUGGACCCAGGAGGAGGUGGUCCUGAUGUGUAAUGCUUUUUCUCAGGAAGUCUACCGAGCCACCUUCUCCCCAUACAACCCACAAGUGAUGACGUCGUCUGGAGCCGGACACAUCAAGUUCUGGAAGGUGUCAUCCACGUUCACGGGCCUCAAACUGAAAGGAACCAUGGGACGUUUUAAACAAACCCCAACAACUGACAUCAAGGGCUACGUGGAACUUCCUGAUGACAAGGUCAUAUCAGGCUCUGAGUGGGGCAACCUGCUGCUCUGGGCAGGAAAGACCAUCCAGGUGGAGAUUUGUCGUAAAGAGGGCCGAAGCUGCCACAAUGGGACCGUCCAACCAUUCUCCUUUGUGGACGGGAUGCUGAUGACGGCCGGCGCUGAUGGGUUCAUCCGAGUCUGGAACCUGGACAGGAUUUGCCCGACCAGCAUCAACAGUGACAGCUGCAGGUUUCAGCUGGAGCCCAUCCACGAGAUGCUGGUCGGACACAACGUUUGUCUUUCGUCUGUGGUCAGGAGCCCGCUGUCCGACUCCUUCAUCUGGUUCGCUCAGGACGCCAACGGAGCCAUCUGGAAACUGGACCUGUCUUUCUUAAACACGGCUCGUGACCCGGAGUGUCUGUUCUCCUUCCAUACCGGGCCAAUCCAAGGCCUGGACGUGUCCAACGAAUCGCACCUGAUGGCCACGACGGCUCUGGACCGUUCUGUCAGAGUUUUCGACUUCCUGUCCAACAGAGAACUGAUCUCGAGCCAGUUCACUCAGGGUGGAACGACUCUCAGAUGGGCCCCGUCUUCGGUCCACCAGAGCGGAGGGCUACUGGUGGCCGGGUUCGAGGACGGGGUCGUCCGCUUCCUGGAGCUCUACAAGCCUGGGACGCUGCGCGGCGCUGCCGAGAGGAGCCCUGAGACCGCCAAGCUGCGCCUCAGAGAGGCCUUCAAACCUCACAGUGCCCCCGUCACGGCGGUGGCUUACAAACAAAACGGGCUUGUCCUCGCCACAGGGAGUUCAGACGGCACCGUGUUCUUCUUCAUGGUCGGGGAGAAGUACAACCCCAUCGGGUUCAUCCAGGUCCCCGGUCCGGUUCAGGCCCUGGAGUGGUCUCCUCACAGAGAAGAUAAGCUGCUCGUCCUGUGUCGGAGUGGACAUGUGGUCGAGGUCCAGAGUCCCGGUCCAGAAACUGUGGCGUCAUCCAGAACCUUCCUGCUGUCUGGUCUGCCCCGCAGGUUCUUCAAGUUUAAGAGCAUCAAGUCUCAGAUCAAGAGAGACGAGGAGAUCAGAAGACGUCAGGCAGCGAAGGAGAAGAGGAGGAGGAGGAGGAAGAGGAAGGAGGAGGAGGAGGAGGAGGAAGAACUCCCUCCUCUCCACAUCCCAGACCCUCCAAGUCCCAUCUGCUGUGGGUUCUACUCCCAGCCUGGACAGUUCUGGCUCUCCAUGGGAGGCUUCGACGCUGGUUUCCUGUAUCACUGUCGGUUCUCUGAGAACCAGGACCAGGAUCUGGUCCAGAGACAGGACGAACCUUUUGACUUCAGGAUCCUCAGUGACACAGAAGAUGAUCCUGUUUGCUCCAUGACGUUCAGCUCCAACAGGCAGCUGCUCCUCUGUGGGAUGAGCUCUGGCUCCAUCAGGGUUUACCCUCUGCAACCCGGAGACCAUGGCCUCACCUCCAUGCAGGCCUGCUGGUCUCUGAGCGUCCACGACAACCAGUACGGACGCCUUCGACACGUGCGCUUCAGCCACGAUGAGCUGUUUGUUCUGACGGCCGGAGACGACGGAAACAUCUUCUCCUUCUCGCUGCUUCCUCCUGAAGAGCUGCAGAAGCUGCCGAAGAAGGCCAAGGUUCCUUCAGCCAGGGUUGGUGUUGAGAGCGAGACGAUGGCUCUGGACAUCGAGAACCCCGCAGCCUACAGCCUGGAAGCAGCCAAACAGAAGCUGGAGAAAGACCACCUGCAGCAGGAAUCUGAGCUGAAGCUCUCAGAGGAAAAGCGGCAGCUCGCUGAGCUGCAGAGGAAGUACAAACAGGUUCUGAUCGACAACCAGAAGCUGCCGGAGCAAUUUCGCCUCACACCAGAGGAACUGUCGCUGGACCCGCAUUUUAACGAGCGGUUCGAGAAUCUGAAGGCCCAGAGGUUGGCAGAGGUCAGGAAAGAACUGGCCGGGGAUCUGGAGCGCAGCAGAAUCGGACUAAGGAAAAUGCAAAGGUUAAAUGAGUUGAUGGGACCCGACAUCAUCACCGUAGUGGCGAUCCGCAGCAACCACCGAGUCUCCACCUACGGCUUGCAGGCGCUUCCCGAGCCUUUGGCUUGGAUCAGGGCUCAGAAGGAACCUGACCCGGCUGACGGGGAAGCAGCACCGGAGCCCAGGAUGUCCAGAGCAGAACCCGCGAAAGACGGUGACAAAACUGAGGGGGAGGUGCGUCCACGCCCCCCCAUGGCCCGCCCGGCCCAGAUCAAACGUGGGGUUCGGCAGGGAAUGAUGCUCAGAAAGCAAGCGGAGAAAGCGGAGAAAGCAGAGAAAACUCGGGCCAGAAUUGAGAGGAGGAAGCUGGAGUGGGCCCAAAUCUACGCAGCGAAGCCACCGGACGACUACGAGGACCCGCAACUGGCUCAGGCCAUCCGUGAAGCCGAGCAGAAAAUCGAAGAUGCCGACCGGAGGAGGAAGCCUGAAGUGGACUCAGAUAAGAAGAAAGACGAGCUGAUCUCUCUGCAGCACAAAAUCCAGGAAAAGCAGAAGGAGAUGAACAGUCAGAUCGUAGCUCUGCGGGACGUUAAGGUGCAGCUGUUGUCUCAGCUGACUGCUCGGCGGCGGCGGCUGCAGGAGGUCCAGCAGCGCCUCGCAGCUCGUCAUCGCCUCCCUCUGCCCACCCUGUUCACCAUCUUACCUGAAGAAACACCCGAGAAGAGGCUGCAGCCCAGUCCAGCCAUGAUAAAGCGAUACUGGGAAAUCAGGCAGCAGAGGUUAAGCACAAAGCAAGAGGACGACGCUGUGAGUAUACUGAAGCAGCUGGAGGAAGAGAUGAAAGCAGAGGCGCAGAAAGACGAGGAAGCCCAGAUUCUUUCUGCUUCGUCUCUAACCAAAGAGGAGGAGGAGGAGGUGGAGUUGACAGAGCUGGAGAAGGAGCUAAAGAGGGCAGAGGAGAUCCGACUCUUGCAUGAACAGAAGUGUCUGCUCCAGGAGAUGGACAGCUCAAUUUGUCAGUUUGACUUUGAUCUCCGGCAGCUGUGCCGCCUAAAACUCCGUCUGGACUACCAGUUGAAGCUGAUGGAGCUGCACGUGCUCACCAUCUUCAGGGAGUUGCUGCAGCUCAGGCAGUUUCAGUCAAGGGACGUGGAGCUGCAGAAGAAGCUGAAGGGAUGCAUUCGGGAGGAGAAGAGCAUCACGGCGAAGCUGGAAAAGUGUAACGAGCUGCUGGAGCUGAAGACACAAGAAAUAACCAAACUGGAGGAGAGAAAAGAAGCUCUGACCGCCGCCUUCCAGGCUUCGCUCGGAGAAAAAAACCUGUUUAAAGAGUUCCUGACCAAAGUCUUCAAGAAGAAAGUCAAACGAGUGAAGAAGAAGGAGCAGGAACAGGCGGCAGGUGAAGAUCAGGGAAAUGAUGCAGCCAAAGAAAACAAGAACAAAGAAGAAAGCGACUUGGACGACAGCGACAAAAGAGGAGCCUCUGUGGAUGAAACAGUUUGUCCAGAAGGCUGUGAACCGAAGCUACUGGAAUACAUUCUGCAGCUCCGCGAGCGUCGGCUGGACCUGGAGGAGCUGCUGGCCCAGGAGCAGAUGGUCGCCAAGGCUGUGACCGAAGACAGAGAGAGCCUCAUCAAGAAGGACAAAGAAGUGAAGAAGAACCGUCAGGACGUAGAUAAGGACAUGGAGUCGAUCAACCAGGAGAAACUGGAGAAACUGAACCAGCUGGAGGUGCUGGUUCCUCUCCACCUCAACCAGAUUAUGCUGAAUCCUGACGGCUCGUUGCCGUCGGACCUGAGCCAGAUGGUGGUGGUGGACAGCGAGGAGCUGCGCCGGCUGCAGGAACACUGCCACACCAUGGAGACUAAGAACAUCCAGCGGCGGGAGGAGCUCCAACGCUGCCUGCUGAAGCAGAAGAGACUCCUCCGGGAGGAGAAGGAGCUGAUGGCCACCGUCCAGAAGCUGCAGCUGGAGUGCAACGAGAAGAUGAUGAACACGUUCGGGAGGCUGGUGGACCUGGACGCUCUGCAGGUGCCGCCGGACAACCGGAGUGUGGAGGAGUUCAAACAGGAGAAACUGCUCCUCGAAAAAGCUCAAGGCAAGGAGCUCCGGAUGUGGGAGGUACGUUUGUCCGCUCACAAACCGUGA